CCGGCCGGCCGCCAGGUCCUUUCCAUACGAGUCGGGACGGUGCACUGACGGCCGUCCUAUCUCUCCCAUCUGGAACGUGCGUCGUAGGCUGACACAUGGGGCUAUUGCGUCAAACCGGCCCACACCAGUACCUGCCGGCGGUUCGUGUGGGGUGCAUAUACGAACUACCGGGAGCCGCUGCCGCCGCUGCCGCCGCUGCCGCCGCUCGCCGUCCAUCGGUCCGAACCUGACCGAUAUAUCAGUGGUCCCGAUCGUUACCGGCGUUUUUGUGAACUGCCAAAAGCCGUGCCGUGUUGCCCGUUGGUGUCAGUGUUAGUCGGAGUCGCUGGAGUGUCAGUGUCGCACCAGUGUCACGUCGUCAGUGUCAGUGACACGUAUAUAGUGCAGCGCGCGGUCGCUCGGUGUGCGAUCGAUCGAACGGUGUGACCGACGGCCUGUGUUAGUCCGACAUACUCGCUGUGUCGGUACCGACGGCUGGCGGUCCGCCCCGCUCGGGUGCGUAUUGUCGAGUGGACAGACCCCACACGGUGGGUCGGGUGCGGGUCAGGUCAGAGAUGAGGCCGCUGUGCCGAGCUGUGUCGUUCCUCCCGCUGCUGAUGGCGGUACCGCAGCAGCAGCAGAGAAGGCCCACAGUCACUGCCGCCACCGGCUCCAAGAGCGUUCCUGGCCCUGACGCCAAAAGGAUGAAGCUGAGCGACGACGAGCGCACGGAAAAGCUGGAGCCGCUGCUGAAGGCCGGCUGGAGCAAGACAGACGGACGGGACGCCAUUGAGAAAAAGUUCCAGUUCAAGGACUUUAACCAGGCGUGGGGCUUCAUGAGCCGCGUGGCCCUGAAGGCGGAGAAGAUGGACCACCAUCCGGAGUGGUUCAACGUCUACAACCGGGUGGACAUCACACUCUCCACCCACGACUGCGGCGGCCUCAGCGGCAAGGACGUCACCCUGGCCAGCUUCAUCGACUCGGUGGCAGGCUCUGGGGCACAGUAGGACGACCAAGGGCGGCGAGAUGACUCCGAGCAGUGGGAUGGCCAAGGGCAGCGGGAUGACCCCGAGCAGUGGGAUAGCCCGAGGGGCAGUGAAACGGCGAGGGACGCAGGCGACCGGUGACUUGUGAGGCACUGUAAUGUGCGGGGGAGGAGGAGUGACAUGCUGGAGAGCCAAGAGGACACGGAGGCCUGGUGAAAGUUACAAACGGUAAGCAGGAAGGGCGGCAAGUUGGAUGCAUUGACAAGAAAGUACGCUUGCCCCACGGCAGAGUGGUCAGAAAAGGACAGGGAAAUAAUACUCGUUUUUAGGUGGACGUCUUGUUGUUGCAAUUGUGUUGACGCGUUCUGCCAAACUGGGACCAACAGCUUCAUUGCAGCUAUAUUUUGCGAACGUUGUGUAAAUAAAUGUUGCAAAAGUA